AUGUGGAGGCAAAUCGACCUUCGCAAGUCGAAAAGGAAGCAGAAGCUCGUUGAACGCACUCAAACCAAAUUGGAAAAAGCUACUUCGCGACAGGUUGAUCAGAUCUUGACCUUCAAUCAUCUCCUCGACACACUAUCCAAACAUGACCAAACGAUGACCCGAUUCCAAGCCAACAGCUCGACCUUACAUCGAUGUCUGAUCAAGUGGGACAAGCUGAAAGCACACGACCGAUCGUUCACGCGCACCUCAAUCAGGCUGGCACUAGAACUCCAGAGCUUCAUGAGUCAGAUGGACAACUACUUUCGCAUCCCUCACGAGCGCCCUGCCCAUCACCUUCUCCAACAACAUCGACAGCAGCAAGUCAUCGUUAUCACUCCAAGCCCAAUCAGCCUCAACGAGGCCUUUGUUGAGAUCAUCACCGCCGGACCAUCCCAUCUAAGGAUAGACGAUGAGCCCUCGAUGCCCAACUACUCCGCAACAGACCCCCAGCCGCAGCCCCAGAGCCAUGACCGCUCGAAGCUCGGCUUCAGGAAACAGAUCGUGCUCAAGUACAAGCUCGGCCAGCUCAGAUUCAAGACCAAGAAAUUCAACCAGAAGUUCGAGGACCAUGAGGCGCGCAAACUCAGGCUCAAACUCAACGGCAAUCAGUGCAUCUUCAACAUGGUCGAAGACGGCAAAACCCUCCUCGAACUCAACGAAUCCAUCAUCGACCUCGUCUUCCAUCUCUGUCUCUUGCGCAAUCCUAAACGCUAA